AUGGAAUACAGUGAAGAAGCAGGGAUGGAAGGAUGGUGUGAGAUGGUCUGUGGGGUCCAUAGGAGGUGUGGAUGGAACAGGGGAGUGGGGAGCUGCAGCUGGUGUUCUGCUGCAGCUCUAGAAGCAACCAUGAGAACUGGAUCUAGAAUAAAGGAAAGAGUGGGGAAGCUUUCAAAAGUCUAUGGUCCUGUUCACUCUGUGUUCACUCUGUACUUGGGCAGGAAGCCUGCUGUGGUGUUGCUUGGUUACGAAGCUGUGAAAGAAGCCAUGGUUGAUCAUGGGGAGGAGUUUGCUGGAAGAGGAAGCUUUCCAGUGGCUGAUAAGAUUGGUCAAGGCUUUGGCAUUGUUUUCAGCAGUGGCAAGAUCUGGAAAACGAUGAGACGCUUCUCACUUGUGACUCUGCGCAACUUUGGGAUGGGGCAGAGAAGCAUUGAGGAGCGUGUUCAAGAGGAAGCUCGCUAUAUGGUGGGGGAACUGAGGAAAACCAAUGCUGAAACAUCUAUUCUCCUGAUGCUUCCAUGGACUCCUGGAGUGUGCUCUUCCUAUAUGAGGCUCUGGGUCAUGGUAGCGAUGAACAUUGGCUUCUCGAUACCUGUGACUGUGCCCACAGUUAAUUUGAAAAGACUCACUCAGCAGCAGAUGCAUCCAGGGUCUGGCCCAGCGGAUGGUGGGCAGAGCCCGGGAAACAAAGAAAGCAGCAUCGAGAAGCUGAGGUGGGGACAGCACAGUGGGAACCUGGGACAGGAACUCGAAGCAGCAGAAAAGAACAAUCCAAAGACGGAGUUUAUUCAUGAAAACUUGAUCUUCUCAGUAUCUGACCUGUUUGCUGCUGGGACUGAGACAACAAGCACAACACUGAGGUACUCUCUGCUGCUCCUGCUCAAGUACCCAGAAGUCACAGCCAAAGUCCAGAAGGAGAUUGACCAUGUGAUUGGUAGAAACAGAAGCCCCUGCAUGCAGGACAGGAUUCACAUGCCUUACACUGAUGCUGUGUUGCAUGAGAUUCAGAGAUACAUUGACCUCCUUCCCACCAGCCUGCCCCAUGCAACAACCUGUGACAUGAAGUUCAGAAACUAUCUCAUUCCCAAGGGUACCACUGUCAUAGCAUCUCUGUCAUCUGUCCUAUAUGAUGACAAAGAAUUCCCCAACCCAGAGAAGUUUGAUCCCGGUCACUUUUUGGAUGAGAAUGGCAAGUUUAAGAAAAGUGACUACUUUUUCCCCUUCUCAACAGGAAAAUGGAUUUGUGUGGGAGAAGGCCUGGCCCGAAUGGAGUUAUUUUUAUUCCUGACCACCAUUUUACAGAACUUUAACCUGAAGUCUCCAGUUGACCUGAAAGACCUUGAUAUCACCCCAGUUGCCAAUGGAUUUGUUUCUGUGCCACCUGAGUUCCAAAUCUGCUUCACUCCCAUCUGA